AUGACUACUACUAACGUCGCCGUUUCUAACCGCGACAAACGUCACAAACCACCGCAAGAAACCAACCAACCGCCAAUGUCGUCGCCGUCAUCGUUUACGUCACUGCCACGCGACCUCGUUUUGAACAUCUUAGUCCGCCUACCAAAACGGUUAUACCCAAUCCUCUGUUGCGUCUCCAAGAACUUGCGUAGUCUUGUUCGCUCGGAUGAGAUUCAAGAGACUCGAUCUUCCCACGGAAAAGAUUCUCUUUAUAUCUGCGCCAAGGACGCAACUAUAGAUGAAGAAAAUAUUUUUACCGAUACGUAUCACUGGUUCAAUCUCCGCAGGGUUGAGAAAAGUAACACUGAGAAUGUCCUCGUCUCCGUUGAUUUCUCUUUCCUUCCGGAGACUUGUCGUCGCUCUGCUUCCGUCGUCGCCUAUGGUCCUGAGAUGUUCUUCAUUCCCGGAGUUAAUCAUUACUCAUCAAGCUUUAGGAUCUUUGACACCCAAUCUGGAAAUGUUCGUCAAGGACCUAGUUUGUUAGCGUAUCGAAUGCACAAUUGCGUAGCACUAGUCGGGGGUAAGAUCUAUGUGAUCGGAGGAUGCAGAGAAGACGAUCUUAUAGCGGAAAGCUUUGAUCUAAAGAAGGAAGCUUGGGAACCAGCUCUGCGUCCCCAUGAAGAAGAAAGUCGCAUAUGGACUUAUGGGAUAGGUGCUCCACUAGACAGAAAGGUUUGUGCUGUAAGCUUCGUCCAAGGCCUGACAUGUUACGAUACUAGAGAUGGUUCUUGUGAGUCAUCUGAGUUGCCUUUUGGAAUGUGGUGGAGGUCAGGAGUUUGUGUUAUUGACAAUGUCCUCUUCGUUUACUUCACUCGUUUCGGUUUAAUGUGGUAUGACACUGAACUGAGGCUAUGGAGAGUGGUUUAUGAUUUGGAUCUUGACAAACCUCUAGGCUUUGUUGCAAUGGAUGAAUACUAUGGGAAGUUGGCGUUUCUAUGGAGGAAACCAAGUCUUCUUUUUCCUGGAAGCAUAGAGAUUUGGUGUAGAAUGAUUGGCUUGGCUAGGAGUGAAGCAGGAUUCAGUGGAGCUGCAGAACCCUCUCAACUUCUCAGGAUUGUUCCUCCCACCUUUAGUUUUAACCACUGUCUGUCGGUUGGUUAA